UUACACCUCAUUGACACCACUGCUUUGGCUCAGAUUUUACAAUUAUUGACUCCAUGGAUUGAUGCACAGAAAGAUGAUUUCAGCUAUCACCGCAUUGCUUCUGGCACUAGUGCCAUUCAUCACCUGCCAUUGUCCAGUAGAUAUGAUACACAGCAUCGGGCACUGCAACUACAACGUCCACUGCAGGAAUACAGUCGGAGGUAUCAAAUUGAAAAAAGAAUGCCAAUAUUCCACAAACUAUAACGUCAGCAUUGACGUCACUCUAAGAGACGCGUCAGAUGUAUUUCAUAACAGCGCUGAUUUAGAUCUACUUGCCAUGGUCACUAAGUUAACAGUCUCCGGGAAUUGGUCACAAACCAAUCUCUCCUUUCUAGAUAGCAUGUAUCGGCUCAAAUCUUUAAACAUUAUUAACAACAACAUCUUCGUUAUCUACGAUAGUCCAUUCGGACAUUUAAGUAGAUUGGAAAAUUUGAAUUUAUCUAGAAAUCACUUAACCGAUAUUGAAGAACUGUUCCAGUUUGACUAUAAGAAUAAAUUAAAGAAACUAUCCCUCGCUCAUAAUUCAAUCUCGGAAAUACCAGGAGAUACGUUUUCGGAACUAACAAGUCUAUUAGAGCUGGAUCUUUCAUAUAAUAAUAUAUAUGAGCUUAUUGAAGAACCGUUUUCCAAUUUAACAAGUUUAAAAAAAUUAAUAUUAAGUUACAACAAAAUUAAAAAUAUUAACGGUGCAUUGAACAAUUUGUUAGACUUGAAACAUUUGUACUUAAGAAAUAAUUACAUAGAAAACAUAGAAUUAGAAUCCAUUAAAAUAAUAUCGCAUCUAGAGACGUUUGAUGUUGCUCAAAAUCAACUGGUGGGUAUAAAGCCUUUAAUGUUCUCGAGACAUUGGUAUCAUUUCGAUGAGCAUACACUAUGUAAGAUCAUUCUGUCAGAGAAUCACAUAACACACAUAUUAAAUUCGACUUCAGAAAACUAUAAUGCUUAUGAAACUAAAAGCCAAAAAACACAGAGAAUCGAUGUAUUCACAGAACUUGAUUUGUCGAAGAAUUCCAUAUCUCAUAUUGAAUAUGAUGCAUUUCAAUCAAUGGACAACAUGAUAUCAUUAGAUCUUUCGUGCAAUAAAUUAUUUACGUUUGAAGUAAAUGCAGACGAUCUCAGAUAUGUGAGAUAUUUAAAUUUAAGUACUAACAGUCUGCACACAUUGCAUUUUCAAAGUUUUGUCUCAAUGAAAUACUUACAAAACCUCGACCUUUCCCACAACCAAAUGGAUUAUUUUCCUGAUCAGUCACUCAGUAACAAUUAUAUGAUAAAACUAAUCAAUAUGACAUACAAUGAUAUAGCUUCACUCCAAAGCUUAAGGAUUACCUUUAACCAUGUGGGUGGUGUUUUAGAUCUUUCUAAUAACUCAAUAUCCAAACUGAAUUUGCCACGAGGUGACGCAGUCGGCUUAUCAAUUUUAAUUCUGAGUUCAAAUAACAUUUCUGAUCUAUAUUUGAUUAAACUUUCCCAUCAAUCCGAUUUGGAACAAAUAGAUUUGACCUACAACUAUAUUCAAGAACUAGACAAGUCAUCAUUGCAGCUACCAGAAAAAUUAGCAGUUUUGGAUUUAAGCCACAAUUCAAUUGUCAAAAUCGGCCCAUCAACUUUCAGUCGUGUCAACCAAUUGAAAACUUUACGAUUGUCUCACAACUAUUUGUCAGAAAUUGAAUACGGCGCUUUUCAAGGCUUAAGCGAUUUACAGAAUCUUGAUCUUGCUUACAACCGAAUAGUUAUGCUUGAUUCAAAGGUAAUGAUGGACUUAAAACAUCUAAUAAUUCUUUCAUUAAGGCAUAAUGGCAUGGUUGUCUUGGACCACCGUCAUUGGAUCAAGCAUAUGCAAGAAAUUAACGUUUAUCUGGAUUCUAAUAAUUUUGCUUGUGAUUGGUUGGCAACUGCUUUGAGUGAUUAUUAUAAUGGAUUCUCAAAGAUGCGUCCAACCGUAUUGAAUCAAUCAGAUAGUGGACAUUCUAUUGAAGGUAUUCCUUGUGAACAAACAGUCGGUAACCUGAUGGAGAUACCUGAUAAAACAUCAAUCGUAGACGAAAGACUUCUGGUAAUAAAUCAAAAAAUUUUAGAAGCAGUUUUAGAACAAACAUCUUUCUUGCGAAAAUACUUAUGGCGUGUGGUCCGUAAUGAUGCACAAAAAAAUUAUACAAAUUAAAUAGUUUUAACAACUAACAAUAUUUUAUACUCUCCCAGUUUAGUAUUUUUCUGUAUUAAUACAUUAUUAUAUUAGCUAUUAAGUACUUUCUUUGAUUAACGAGAGUGUUAAGCAUUUAUUUAAAACACUUUAUAAAGAAUUAGAACGUAAAUUGUAAAUGUGUUUUUACAUUGACGUAUU